ACAUUGUAGCGCGACGAGCGACUCGAGGACGGUCGCCACCCAUUCUCGUUCCCCGUCAUUCUUCAGUUGCGCACCGCACGAUCUGUACUACGCUCGCUAUUGCCGGACAAAAAUGAAUUACACAUAUUAGUGUGCUAAGGUUUCAAGUGUCAGUGCUAGUGAUUUCAAAUCUUAAAUUUUCAUUCGAUCUACAAGAAUUUACUUAGAGGAUGAUGGCUCCCGAGUCAGUGGUGACUGUUGAUAACAUUAAACCUACACAGCAGCAGGCGCCACCGCAACAGCAGCAAGGCGGUGCGCUUGACUGGAUUAAAAUAAAUGUUAAUUACUUCAAAACGCCACCCGGUAUAUUGAAAAUUAUUCAAUUGGUGUUAGGUAUUUUGUGUAUGUCGUUGGGCACUCCAUGGGCAUCUGCGUGGUAUGUCUUCGUGGCUGUCACCGCUUUCAUCACUACUCUCAUGUGGAGCUUCGUCUAUCUGCUCAGUAUUCGAGAGGCUCUUAAGAUACCCAUCAAUUGGGUACUAUCAGAACUCAUCAGCACAAGUCUGGAGACGUUAUUCUACCUCAUAGCCUUCAUAGUAAUGUUCACAUCAGUCUACGGCAACUAUGGACGCAACGUAGCUGCUGCUGUUUUUGGUAUAUUUAACACGCUGGCGUAUGGUGCCAGUUCGUACUACUUGUAUCAGGAGCACAGAAGCAGUGCAACAGCUGCUGCAGCGUGAAAAGUCACUCCUGCGCCGGUGCAUCAGAAGAACAAUACUUGUUGUUAAUUUUAUUUUACAGAAAUCUUUAUAGUCUAUUGUACAGUCGUUUAACAAACAUUAUUUGACGAUUUUUGGUAAAAGAAAAUAUAUUGAUUUAUCUAAUUAAUUAUUGAUGAAAUUAUUUACGUAUUAUUGAAAAAAAAAAAAAAAAAUUUGCUACUUUUAUAUAAUAUAAAUUAUUACGAAAUCAAAAGGCCAUAUACCACUUGAGAACAAACUUCUAUACUAAAUUAUAUUUAUUUGGAAUUGAUUUAUCGAAUGUUUUUUAUGAAAUUAAAUAUGUCCAUAUCCAUUAGGAUAAAGCGUGACUGGGGUUUGAUUCAUAGUAUUAAAUGGGAUAUGUUUGAGGUUAAAUAUUUCUUUAUAUAUAUUAUAUGCUAAGGUUUCUCAAAUAUCACUUCUAGGUAUACUUAGUAAUUAUAUUCAUUGUUCACUGACGUUUCAAUAUACGGGCACUUAGCACAUUUUAUUAUUCAAUACGGUUGUCAUGAUUCCCUUUACAACUAGUCGCAUUUAUAGUAUGAAAUCGAGUGACUUAAAAUGAAUUUAGAAAUGGAUAGUUUACAAUAUAAUUUUCAUACAUACAUAUGUCGGUGUCGAAAAUUUAUAUCAAUAUUUUAUUUACUUAACUUUACAUAUUAUAUAUACUGUAAACAGUACCUAUAUUCGUAUUACUACAGUCAGCAACGAAAAUAAAAACAUAAUUAUUUACAAGUAACAUUGACGGUUGUGAAAUAAUUAACUUCAAAUUCUCGAUAUAAAUUCGAAUUACAAGUCAAUAGAACAGGAUUAUAUAAGUGAUCUGUUUACGGUGCAAAUUAGAAUAUACCAUAGUAUUACAUAUAUACCUAAUAUUAUUUUUACAUUCUGUACUAUAAUGUUGAUUAAACAUGUGUCAACUGUUGUUAAGUUAUGAAAUAUAAGAUUUCAUACCUAAGUACCUAAUAUUAGAAUGUGAGGGUUAUUAUUUACACACUAGCUUAAUUUAACUAAUAUGUAAUGAGUUAAUAAAACACGUGUUAACAUUU